AUGUCAUCCUUCUUCUGUGCACUUUUGGCUAUACUCGUUAUUUCUGGCGCACUAAGUGCUGAGACUGAUAUGGUUCAACAAGGAAAAAUGGGAGGUCAAGAUGGAAUGCACCGGGAAGGUAUGGAUGGAGGACAAGGAAUGCCUAGAAGCCAGGAAGGCCAGAUGGGUGAGAGUGGACGAGGAAUGCCGACUGGUCAGGAAGGACAAGCUGGAAUGGGUAAGAAUAAUGGGAUGAGCGGAAUGAAUGGAAUGAAUUCAAAUGGUCAAGGAAUGCCGGAAGAGAAGGAAAAUGGGAAAUCAGGAAUGGAACGUGGUAAUGGUAUGCAGCAGGCGGAAAUCUAA